AUGGGUUGUUGUCUGAGCAAGAAAUCUCCUUCGAUUUCUCUCUCCAAUGGCAUCUCUCGUGUUGUUAAAUCCCCAGAUCCAAACAAACCCAUGAAACCGGUGCCUGAGAAUCCGGCAAUAGAAGAAGCCAAACCCGUAACCAUAAUAAUAUCUGAGAAACUGCAUCAAGAAGAAGAAAAUGGUUCAACGAAGGAAGUUUCCGUGACAAAACACAGGAGAAGCCAUGAGAGAUCAGAGGAAUCUCCAGCUUGUGCGGCGGUGGAGAAAUCAAUCGACUCGGUUGUGAUGAGCUCGAAAGAAGAAGUCGAUGCUAUACUGAUACAAUGUGGGAAGAUGAGUCGGAGCAACUCCGCCGCUAAAACCAGAAGAUACUCCGGCUCCAAGAGAAGCUUCGAUUUUGACCAGAACGAGAGGAUCCAAGUGGAGGUCGAGAGGAAGACGCACCGGGAGAGAGUGAAUAAUGGUUCGCCAAGACGAACUCCGAGCAGAGAAAGAGAAGAUUCAAAGAGUUACCGCUCAGGGAGCAGGGAAAGAGGAAACGGUGGUAGCAGACGGGUGAGCAGAUCUCCGGGAAAACGAUCGGAGACAAACAGUGGUAUUUCUGUAAUUUCCAGCAACAUUAGACCCAGCAAGUUUGUUACGGUUCCGGCGACGGGCAAGAGCAGCAACGGAGAGCCAUCAAUCAAACGAAUUACUGUUAAGAGAAACAUCGGAGAAGCUUGUCGAACCGCCGCGACGAGUAACGUUCAGCCACCACCACCGUCGCUGAGCCGAAGCUCUUCACGGAAGGCAGAGCAAUCACCGUAUAGAAGGAAUCCAUUGGGAGAGAUUGAUCAAAACUCGUCAAAAGGAGACAAAACUGGAUCUUGUAACACCAAUUGCAACAAGAAGAGAGAAAACGAAUCUUCGAAACCUAAUCCGAGGAAGACGAUUAGAGCUUCAAGCCCUCAAGUGAUAAGCAGAAGCAGAUCUUUGAGGAAAUCACGAGAUUUCGAUUUCUGUCCAGAAACAUUGUUGCUAUCAAACGAAGACAACAACAACAAUUACACGGCCUUGUUGUUAAAGGACAUUCAGAGUUUCCAUGGGAAGAGUAAUAAUGUCGAUGAUCCUUCAGUUUCGUUUAAUCUUCUCCCAUCAUGUGUUACAAAGGCUUGCUCCAUUGUUGAAGCAGUGGCGGAUCUUAACUCUACGACCAGUUUGAGCUCUGACUCGACUCAGUUUAGAUUCACAUCUACUGCCAAGAAAGCGGAUCUAAUGGAACCAAGCUUUGAAAAGUAUGUUACUGUCAAGAGAGGAGGUUCGUUUGAAGGGCAAGAAUCAUCAGGCAGCAACAAUCUUACUUGA